GAGCGAUCGCUCUCCGUUGUUGACAGAUGAUAAUUUGACGUUAGCCGCACAGGUUGCUUUGUUUUGCUGCGAAGAUGCUGCGGCUCGAGAUCGUUUCAUUCCGUGUUGUGCUGUUUCUUGCCAUUCUCUGCUCUGCUAAGGCCGGAUUACCGCUGGUGGCGACUACUUGGGGGUUCACCAAUGCCACUUUGAGAGCAUACCAAUCCCUGACGGUGGGAGAGUUUGAUCCGAUCGAGGCGCUGGUGGAGGGAUGCAGCGUGUGCGAGCGGGAGCAGUGCGAUGGGACGGUCGGGUUCGGUGGCAGCCCGGACGAGAACGGCGAAACGACGCUGGACGCGAUGCUGAUGGACGGGAAGACGAUGGACAUCGGGGCGGUGGCGGCGUUGCGCGACGUGAAGCAUGCAGCCGAGGUGGCCAAGUAUGUGCUGCGGAACACCAAGCACACGCUGCUUGCCGGCAGCCAGGCGACGGACUUUGCCGUCAUGAUGGGCUUCAAGCGGGAGUCGCUCCAAACGGACGCGUCCAAGAGUAUGUGGAGCGCGUGGAAGAAUAAUCACUGUCAGCCAAACUUUUGGAAGAACGUGAUUCCUUCUCCAUCAAUGUCUUGUGGUCCGUAUGAACCAGUGUCCGCCAACUCCGUCCAACCGGACCCUAUAGCAGAGCUUUCUUUCGAUCGAUCUGGGUAUGAUUUCGGGCAAUACAACCACGAUACGAUUAGCAUGAUCGUAAUUAACGAAGAAGGACACGUGGUGGCAGGAACGUCAACGAACGGAGCUCGUCAUAAGAUCCCUGGGCGGGUGGGAGACUCUCCAAUACCGGGGGCCGGAGCUUACGCAGACUCCGAAGUGGGCGCAGCAGUAGCCACCGGGGAUGGAGACGUUAUGAUGCGCUUUUUACCUUCCCUGCUGGCCGUGGAGGCGAUGCGGAAUGGUGUAGAUCCUACUGAGGCUGGACAGCAGGCGAUUGCAAGAAUUGCCAAGUACUAUUCAUCGUUUGUCGGAGGGAUUGUCGUUGUGACGAAGGAAGGGAGGUAUGGGGCGGCUUGCCAUGGGAUGAACGAGUUCCCAUACUCGGUGGCCGAUGGCACCGAAGCCAAUGGAGCCGUGCGUGUACUAACCGUCAAAUGCUAACCGGUAUAAAGGGAUUAAAGGAGGGAUUACAUUCGCAACAACAUCGAGUACGACUAAUCCUGGCAACCCGGAAUCCACCCCCUAAAGUUCGAGCAGCAAUUAAUACAAUCAUAAUAAAAUUAUCGUCAUCAAAAUUUUAAAUCCA